CAUCUUCAUUCUCACUCACAUCACCCAUUUCAUAUUUACCCAUUUGAGUUAGUGUACACUACACUCUCUGUGAUUUUACUGAAAUUAUCCGUAUUGCCGUUAUUUUUUUACCAUAUUUCAUUUCAUAAUCCAUUCAAAGAAACAAAAGUACGGUGAUUUUUCCAGUGCCAGUAAGACCACAGCACAUCACAUCACCCCACAACUUCAUAGUUUUUUUCAUUUUCGGAAAAAGACACAUUUUCACUAUUAAACACACUGUUUAAUUUAUUACUAUUAUUAUUAUUAUUAUUAUUAUUAUUUUCAAAUAUUUGUUCAUCUAUGUAUGAAGUUUCGCUAAGCUUUUAAUUUGCCCCCACACAGUUCACAAGUCUCACUCACUUUUAUUCGUACAUUCUGUCCCCUCUCUGCUACUCACACCACCUCUUCACUCUCAUCCACACCCACUCACCCACCCAACUUAUAUUUGCUUCCUCUAUUCCACAUUUUUCUCUCUUUCUCUUUCUUUUUAUUUUCUAUCCACUUUUCUUUCUUUCAGGAUUUCUCAUUUCUAUAGUUAUUGUUUCUCUCUCACUCAAAAAUGACUAAGAAACACACUCACCGACUCAACCUUACCAAAGAAAACACUCCAAAAGAACCAUUUCCGAAAAUAGUUAGAAUAACCGUCACAGACAAAGACGCUACAGAUUGUUCCAGCGACGAAGAAGAACGUUUCAAGCCUAACCGACUUAAGAAGUUUGUUAACGAGAUUAUUAUAGAGCCAUGCGUCAGUGAGAAUAAUAGCCGCCGGAGCAGUGGUGGUGGAGGUGUUUCGAGGAAGAGAAACAGGACAAACGGUGGAGGAGGAAAAGCAAGAGCUCCGGUGAGUCGACAGGUUUACACCGGGAAGAAAUACAGAGGAGUUAGACAACGGCCGUGGGGAAAAUGGGCGGCGGAGAUAAGAGACCCGUCGCGUGGAGUGCGCGUGUGGCUUGGUACGUUUGAAACUGCUGAAGAAGCUGCUAUUGUGUACGAUAACGCGGCUAUUAAGUUGCGUGGACCAGACGCGCUAACUAAUUUUAUAACUCCACCAUCCACUUGUCAGUUAUCAUCACCGGAUAAUGAACAACCUCCUCAGCUGUUACCGUUACCGGUAACAAACUCCGGUUACAUUUCCGGCGAAGAAGAAUCCCAAUCACAAUCACAGUCACAGUCACAAUCUCAAUCACAUAACAACAAUAAGAGUUUGUUUUCUCCUAAAUCAGUUCUUCAUCCUUGUUCAUCUUCAGAAGAAGUAGCUGAAUCUGAGUCACUAUUUUCAAUUCCAAGUGAUAUAUUAUUCGAUUUUCAGGAUUCUUCACCGGCAAAUGAUGCAUUUAACAGCUUCAACACUUUGCCGGAGAAUAUCUUCUACGCCGAUAUGGAUUGUUCGGAGUAUUUCGAUUUCGGGUUGGAAAGUUUGCAUACACAUAAGGAUGGUGACUUUUUUCAAGAUAUUGAUGAUUUGUUUGGUUCAGAUGCUCUUCUUGCUCUUUAAUUAUAUGGAUUAAUUAGUUAUAAUUACUAUGAUUAACUAUAAGUAUUAGGAUUCUCGUUCUUGUGUUGCCUUCUUAAGAGGCAAAAAUUUUGUAUCGGCGAGAAAUAACUAUUGUAUUAAGUAUAUUUAUUAGUACUAAUUAAUCUUUAUUAUUUUCAUUGUUAGUGUGGUAUUUGUUGAUGUAAUAGUGAGUGAGCAGUAGUAGUACAUUAGUACUAGAAACGAUUGUUCAGUUAUUUGAAGGAUUGAACGAUUGUAAGAGUUUUGCUUAAUGUUUAAUUAAUUAAUUAAUUGUUAUUUUUUCCGUCCCAAA